GCCUCGCAACCGCCAUAAUCAGGCAAACGUGUGACUGGUGCGGACCCGCGAAAAUCGAAGUGCGCGUGAGCAAGCUGCAAUUUACCUACGGUGCGCAGAAGCUUCCGAUGGACGAUCCAAGUAAGCUGGGGGAGGAGCCAGGUUUGACCUGUGUCCAUGAGCCCUGCUGGCAGAGCCUCGUGCGUGAUCCACUCGAUGGAAGUCACUUCUGCCUGGCCUGUGGUGCUCAUCUGGUGCUUUACUGCUCCCAACACUGGAGUGCACCUCGUGCAGCAGCUGCGGGUCAAGCUUUGGCUUCAGCUCUUUACGACUUGCCCCAGCCUCUUCCAGGCCCUCUGCGCACCGCUGCUGCUCCUCCCAUCUGGUCCUUGGUUGCAGCGGCUUUGCACUCAUUCAUGGGCCGUACUCCUGACACUGGAGCUAUGUACGCAGCUGCACAUGGUAUGGGCCAAGCUGUGACAUUGCUUUCCUUGUCGGGGAUGCCUGAUGCUCCUGACCUGGUCAAAAUGGCUGUUCAAGACGUUGUCAACAGCGUGUGCCUGGCAAGUAGCAGCUGCCCAGAGAACACUGAAGCACAGCUAACAGUCUUGGCAAUGAUUGCGGGCGUGGAUGCUGCAGCAGUGGGCAAAGCCAUUGCGUUGAGGACCGGUGAAGUGGAAGCUGCUUUAGUGCGGCUCCUUGCAUCAUCGUCAUCAUCCCAGCGCACUCUUCAACAGGUUGCCCGCCUUCUGUCCCGCCUGUCUGAAGAUGGCAAUUCACUACGCACAGCACUUCUGCCGCAGGUGCUCCAUCAGUUUUCAACAGCUCUACAUGUGUCUCACGACCCUCAGUGUCUGGAAGAGCUACUGCAGGACCUAUGCCCGUUGCUGCCCUGGGCCCUUGCAAACUCCUCCCCGCUGCCCAAUGAGAUAGACUCUGUCUCAAACCUACUGGGCUCUCUGAAGGCAGUCAUGCUGCAAGCCAAGCAAGUGCCACUACGCAUAGCAGCGAUCCACUGCAUUACUGCCAUUGUGCGCACGCCAGCAGCCCCACUGUGUGCCCAACUCCACUUGCCUGAUGUGCUUAUAGAGUGUCUUGCAUCACCGGACGCCCUCUUUCUUGAGUCUCUGGUGCAAUGCCUCUGCUGCUUCAGCCAGUGCCCCGUGUUUUUUGAGAACAUCAUUGUUGCCUAUGCUCUUCAACCUCUGUUAAUGUCUGCAAGCCAGCUGGUGACAUCCAGCCGAAUGCACGCUGCAGCAGAUGCUCUCGGCCUGCUUCAGGGAGUGCUUUCCAGGCAGCACAACUUUAGGGCAGGUCAUGACCUCGUGAAGUUGUUUGUGCAACAUUUGUCUAAUCAAAUGGCUACGGGUCACCAGGCAGUAGUGUCAGCUGCGCUGGAGGUCUCUGGAGAACUGUGCAGUGAAUUUAUUCUUCCCACUCCUGUGCCCUUGUGUCUGCUGAGAGAGCAUGUUAUGGGCUGCAUGGAGUCCUUGUCUACAGCAUUGGCCUCAUCAUGUGGAAGCAGUUCCGUUGUAGCAGUCGCUGCUGCUGCUGGCCCAUCAGUUCCUCUUUCUAGGAGCCAGGAGCCGGAUUUAAUGGAAGACAGGCUCCUCUGUGCUGGCCUGCACCUUUUGCAUCGAUGGGCCCAGGUGCACAAGUACAUGUGCCAAGAUCCUGUGGCUAAAGAAGAUUCCUACGGAUUGGAGUUGACAGCCGAGGACCGACUGAACUGGCUGGUGUCUUUUGUUGUAGGGCAACUCGUUGCCGUUUUCCUGCCUCACUGUCAGCACUCCCAGCGGUCUUGUGCCUGGGAGAAGUUUCUGGAGUGCCUGGGCAUGGCAUUCUGCCUUGUAGAGGAGCACUGCACCACCAUGGCACCCCAAGUGCUGGACAAAUGUCACGUGCUUCUUCCUUUUUUGUGGGACAUUAGGGCACACCAGAAGGAGCUAAUUCAGCUCACUGGUGUAACGUUUGCCUGGCUUCUGUGGUUUGCUGCUGGGGAUAUCAGAAACGCUGAUUUGCUGGCCACCAUCCAGAUGGGGUGCCAAAAUUUGCCUGAUUCAUUUGUAGAGUGUCUGCAUUUGCUGCUCCAGAGCCACAGGACACAUUCCGAAGCUCAGCUGUCCGUGCUUAUGCUGUGCUUCCUCCAGUGGGAGCAGCUUUUGUGCAGUCAAGAUGACAGUGCUGGACCUGAGCUUGAGGAAGUGAAGCCACCACCACUGUGUUUUGCCACUGCAGUGGCAAAUUAUGUGCUCAUCAACGGCCACGACGGCUGCCAGAGUACUCUGGUGCUUUCACUGCUCUGCCAAAUGAUACCGUCCAUUGUUUGUUCCAGUCGUGGUGACCAGGAGCUGGUACAAGCAGCGAGCCAGUGGCUGCUCAAGUACUUGAACGAGAGGGGUCAUUGGAAAGACGUGCUAGUUCCUACGCAGCAUGUCCUACUGUGGUGCGUUUCGACCAAUUACCACCAGGAGCUGCUGGGAAACUAUGCGUUCUGCGAGUGGAUGGAGCUACUUCAAUUACCUGAAGACCUGGAGGUCCAUCUUAGUAACUCGAAGGUAGCACUCAAGCCUUUGAUGCUCUACUUGGGAGCAGACGGGUUGCACGCAGGCGUUACCCUCGAUGGUGAAGAGAUACGACUGGCAGCACAGCAAACAAGGAUUUAA